AUGGGGGAGCAGCGGGGGGCGCUGGGGGUGCUGCUGCCCACCCCCCCCCCCGAGGUGCUGGGUGUGGUGCUGAGCCAGCAGCACGGCCCCCUGCCCCACGCAGCCCCCAUCACCCGCCUGCGCCGCGACCCCAAAGGGGGUUAUAUGGCCGUGGGGGACCCCGAGGGGGUCCUGGAACGGCGGCGGGUGGCCAAUGCCAAAGAACGGGAGAGGAUCAGGAAUCUGAACAGCGGGUUCUCAGCCCUGAAGGCUUUGGUUCCUCUGGUGCCCCGGGACCGCAGACCCAGCAAAGCCGACACCCUGCGGGCAGCUGCCGAAUACAUCCGCCUGCUGCGGGCUGUGCUGCGGGACACGGGGGGGCUGCAGGACGGAGCGGGGGGCGGCCAGGAGGUGACGCCGGGGGGGGGCGGUUGGCCCCCGUGUGCCCCCCACCCGCAUCCAUGGGGAUCCCAGCCCUGCGUGGGGCGGCUGCAGGCGACGCUUCCUGCUCAUCCAUAA